AUGACUUAUGUGAAUGAGGUGUAUAAGAGAGAAGCUUAUGAUAGGGCUUAUAACAAUUACAUAUCACCAAUGCCAAGCCAACAAUUAUGGAGGAAAUCAGGGCAUAUGCCAAUUAAACCCCUACUGUAUCACAAACAGAGUGGUAGGCCAAAGAAGGCAAGGACUAGACUUGUUGAUGAGAUCCUAAAGAGUGCCACUAAGCUUAGGAGAUAUGGAAUUGUAAUCUAUUGCUCAGUCUGUGGAGGAGAAGGCCAUAAUGCUACUAAUUGUGGAAAGGCAGAUAACAAUAUGGGAAGAGGCAGAAGGAGAGUAAGAGGGAGAGGAAGAAGAAGAGGAACCAGCUCAAUCCAUCAAUCUGAAGAGGAACAAGCAAUUAGAGGAGGGUUGACAAGGACUGCAGCCAUUGCAGGCCAAAUAGCUCUAACCAAUGUUGGUACCUAA